GCUGGAGUCCGGUCGCUGCUGCCGGCCGCGCACGGAGGAACUACAAUUCCCAGAAGACCGCGCGGUGGGUGGGGCGGGGUAGUGGGCGGGGCAUCGGCCGGCUAGGGUCUCUCCGCGCAGCACCAGUUGCAGAGGAAGAUGGCGCCGCGGCGGGUCGGGUCGUUUCUGCGCGGGCUCCCGGCGCUGCUCCUGCUGCUGCUGUUCUUCCUCGGGCCCUGGCCCGCGGCGAGCCACGGCGGCAAGUACUCGCGGGAGAAGAACCAGCCCGAGCCGCCCCUGAAACGCGAGUCCGGAGAGGAGUUCCGCAUGGAGAAGCUGAACCAGCUGUGGGAGAAGGCCCAGCGGCUGCAUCUUCCUCCCGUGAGGCUGGCCGAGCUCCACGCUGAUCUGAAGAUACAGGAGAGGGACGAACUCGCCUGGAAGAAACUAAAGCUCGACGGCUUGGACAAAGAUGGGGAGAAGGAAGCGAGACUCAUACGCAACCUCAAUGUCAUCUUGGCCAAGUAUGGUCUGGACGGGAAGAAGGACGCUCGGCAGGUGACCAGCAACUCCCUCAGUGGCACCCAGGAAGACGGGCUGGAUGAUCCCAGGCUGGAAAAGCUGUGGCACAAGGCGAAGACGUCUGGGAAAUUCUCCAGCGAAGAACUGGACAAGCUCUGGCGGGAGUUCCUGCAUCACAAAGAGAAAGUUCACGAGUACAACGUCCUGCUGGAGACCCUGAGCAGGACCGAAGAAAUCCACGAGAACGUCAUCAGCCCCUCGGACCUAAGCGACAUCAAGGGCAACGUCCUGCACAGCAGGCACACAGAGCUGAAGGAGAAGCUGCGCAGCAUCAAUCAGGGCCUGGACCGCCUGCGCAGGGUCAGCCACCAGGGCUACAGCACUGAGGCCGAGUUCGAGGAGCCCAGGGUGAUUGACCUGUGGGACCUGGCACAGUCUGCCAACCUCACGGACAAGGAGCUGGAGGCGUUCCGGGAGGAGCUCAAGCACUUCGAAGCCAAAAUCGAGAAGCACAACCACUACCAGAAGCAGCUGGAGAUUGCGCACGAGAAGCUGAGGCACGCAGAAAGCGUGGGCGACGGCGAGCGUGUGAGCCGCAGCCGCGAGAAGCACGCCCUGCUGGAGGGGCGGACCAAGGAGCUGGGCUACACGGUGAAGAAGCAUCUGCAGGACCUGUCCAGCAGGAUCUCCAGAGCUCGGCACAACGAACUCUGAAGGCAUUGGGGAGCCCAGCCUGGCAGGGAAGAGGCCGGAUCCUAACCAGGCCGCCCCACGGUGUCCACCAUACUAUCCAUCUCGGGCAGGGCUGGGGUGACCGUCCACUCAGACGUGGCCUCUGAGGCCCAGAGAAGCACUGUCUGCCAGGAUCUCCACGUUGGUCCCGUCAGGGCUCUGAGCUCCAGGGCAGGAACCCAUGUGCAGAGCACAGCCCUGGGACCUUCACAGUCAUGGGGGCGGGGGUGCAAGGCCUAGGGUGGGGCUGGGCCCGGGACACAGCGAGUAGUGGAGGUCCCUUGGCUCAGUUUGCCCUUUUCGGAGUCGGCAGCAGAGGGGACUCCCUCUGCAGGAGAGACUGAUGUGUCCUUCUGAGCUGUUACUGCCACCCACCGAGACAGCACCUGUGACUGCAUUUUCCUCUAACUUCCAAAUGAUCAUAUAAAAUAAAACGUGUUCAUAAAAGCGUGCGAAACACACAUGCAGCUUGGUGAAGUGAGCUGUGUGGGGCCCACAGCCCAGUGAAGUAGACCCUGGCAGGGCCCUGGCCGCCCCAGUGCACCCUGCCCAUCCAUCUCUCUUCCCUGGAGUGGAGUGCGCCUCUUGACUUGGGUGCAGUUCAGUUGUGCUGUUUGAACUUCAUAGAAAUGAAAUGACACCGUGUG